CCUUGUGACCACCUUUGUGAGCACGAGCACUCAAAAGUUUGAGAAGAUUGAGCAAUUUAUGGAUGUGGCGACGACAAAGUUUACCUUAAUUGAGGCGGGAUUAAGGAGCCAUCAAGCAAGCCUUCAAAACUUGGAGGUGCAAAUUGGCAAUCUUGCCGGGAUCCUCACCGAGAGACCAAGGGGAGCACUACCCUCUCAAAACAUUGUCAACCCCAAAGAUCAAAAUGUCGGUUGCAAUGCUAUUCUUUUGAGGAGUGGGAAGUGAAUGAAGAGGAGAAGACCCCUCCAACAACCAAUGAUCACGAAGAAGUGGAAGAAAUGGAAGAAGAGCCUAAGAAGGCAUUGCAGACGCCACCACAAGUGGCUGAGUACAAGCUUCCUCUUCCUUUCCCCACAAGGAUGUACAAAGACCGAUUGGAGGCAAAAUGUGGUGGAUUCAUGGAGAUGCUCAAGAAGCUCCACAUCACCAUUCCAUUCUUGGAGGCCAUGGUGCACAUGUCGAGGUAUGCCAAAUACCUCAAGGGGCUUCUCACCAAGAAUCCUAAAUAUGAAUACCUCGCCAAUGUCACCUUAGGCGAGGAGUGCUCCGCCUUUAUCCUCAACAAGUUGCCUAAAAAGCAACCGAAUCCAGGUAGUUUUACUAUACCUCUUUGCAUCAGUAAUCAUCAUAUAGAAAACUCCUUGGAGGAUUUAGGAGCAAGCAUUAAUGUGAUGCCUUACAAGCUUUUUAGAAAGUUUCAUUUGGGUGAAUUGAAGCCCCCUAUGCUUAGUGUCACAUUGGGUGAUCGCUUUGUUAUUAGUCCUAGGGGUAUUGUGGAGGCCGUCCUAGUGAGAGUGGGCAAUUUCUAUUAUCUGACGGAUUUUGUUAUCCUCGACAUCAGUGAAGAUGCGGAUAUGCCACUCAUACUAGGACACGCCCCUUCCUUGUCACCGCCAAGGCCUUGAUUGAUGUUAAUGAGGGAACUCUUGUUUUGAGAGAUGGAGAGGAGCAACUCAGUCUUUCAAUUGAUCUUAAGGUUAAGAAUGAUGUUGUGAAAGAAAUGGACUCCAGUGGUAUGAAUGGAAGUGGAGCUGUGGAGGUGAACCUCUCAAGGCAAACCCCAGUAGUGUGUGUGUUCCAUUUGAUGAUUAGGUGCAGGAAACCAAGGUGGGUACUAAGCCUGGAGGAAAGAAGAAUAGAGAAUGGAGGGAUAGGCUUAACCGAGCCUCCUCCCGACACAAAGAUUAGGGUAAGGCGAAAGUGUCGGGCCAUAGGGCCACCCUAUGGAGCUAAAUGUAGGAGGCGACAAGCCGCGCCCCGAGACCGUGACGGAUCCACUCUCUGUGGCUUCAUGCCCUCAAGCAUGAUAGAUCUGCAACAUCGAGCUAGUGACAUUAAACUAGGGCUUGUUAGGAGGCAACUCAACGACGAUUCGUCUUCUUUUCCUUGUUUUCUCUUUUUGUGUGUGUGUGUUAAGAGUUCAAGUGUAGAUUUGGGUAUCACCGUGCCAAGUCUCUAUGGUUGUGUGUUUUGGGAUGUGGUGUGAUUGAAUUACGGGCACGGUUGAUUAGAUCGAGUCAAAUAUUUUUGGGAGUGCCUUCCUUUUCACUUAGUUCACGGUUUGUGCUUUCCAUUCACUGUCUUAAUGACCGUGAACUGGUGCCUCCGUCCGUGAACUGAGGGCGCUCCCCCUGUUUUCAAAACACAUGUUUUUGCCCACCAUUCCUGUACCGUUUAAGUCUCAUCUCUAGAGUUUUAAGCCGAUUUCACGCUAGGUUGUUCUUGUUUGUGAUAUUUCAGGUCCUAGUACGUGAAAGAAGGUUUGGGCACGAGUUCGGGGUCGAUUGGACGAAGUUGGAACGUUUGAUGAAAAGCUGGAAAUUCAACACGCGUAGACCUAAAUUCCACACGGCCGUUUGACUUGGCCGUGUGGAAUUCCAUUACGCGGGCAAGCCACAGUGGCCGUGUAUGGGACCCCUUGUGGCCGUGUGGAAAGUCCAGGGAGCUUACACGACCAGACUGGAAAUCCACACGGCCGUGUGCCUCUGACCGUGCAGCGUGCCUGAAGUUCACUAAUCGAAACGCGGCGUUUUCACAUCCACACGGGCAGACUGGAAAGCCACACGGCAGUGUUGUCGGAAAAUUCUGGGUUUUAACCCAAUUUCGAGCCAAAGGAGAGGGAAUCGACUUUUUGGAGCAAAAACAGAGUUUUAGAGAGAGAAAGUGCGAAGAACAAACCCUAGGAGCUAUUUGGAGUGGAUUUCUCACCAUUGAAGCCCAGAUUGCAUCCUCAUGAGUGAAGAUCAUCAUCCCGGAGCAGAUUAUCCUCAUUGUUAUGAGUAUGACUACUAUGAUUUCUGUUUUCCUCUCUCUCUAUGGAGUAGAACUUUCUCUCACUUGGGUAUGAAGAACCCUAGUUCCGUGUGUUAGGGAUCUUGAUUGUAAUGACUUGGGAUUGUUAUACUGUUUGAUUUUAAUCGAUUGAUGCAUGAUUCAUUGAGUCAAUUGAAGUCUGAUCAUCUUUUCUUAAUUUUUGCUGCAACCUGAGAUAGAUAGAAUCUGAUUCGGUUGUUAGAGCUUCAUCAAUUGGUAGUGGUAGAUUGAUUAUACGAGAGUUAAUCGAUUACUGCUUUGUACUAGAAUUCAAUUCCAGUAGUGGACUGAGAGGGCUUGGUCAGCUUAAGAGAUUCCAAGCUACUAUUGGAUCUUCCGCAAUUUAAUCAACAGUUAAUCAACCCAGGGUAAUUACAACUGUGACCUAACUAAGGAGCUAGGGGGACUCAUUCCCGAGUGACUCUUCCCUUGCUUUAGAAAACCAAACCAUUUCCUGCUUUCUUACUGCUUUUAGUUAAAAUCACAAUCACUCGACUUAGUUUGCUAGAUAAUAGAUAUUCACGGAGUAG